AUGGGAGUGGGUAUUGUGGUGAGAGACCAUGAAGGUAGAGUGAGAGCGGCUAGGAGUUUUAUGAAUAUGGGUUCACUGGAGUCGAUUGCCGUCGAGGCACUAGCAACUUUUUAUGCGGCCAGUUUGUGCGAAGAAAUUGGUCUCCACAGUAUACUCUUGGAAGGUGAUGCACACCUGGUGAUUGUUGCUCUAGAGGCUAAGGACCAGAAUGGCAACACGUAUGUUCAUCUCGUGGAAGUUAUGAGGUUGGUUUUGAGCUCUUUUCAUAUAUGGCAGAUUUGCCAUUUGAGUAGGGAUGCUAAUAAGGCGGCUCAUGGUUUAGUUAAGGAGGCCAUAAGACAUGUCAACGGCAGGGCUUGGAUGGAUGUUAUUUCUAAAUGUAUUUGUGAUAUUGUUUUGAUAGAGUAA